AUGAAGGCAGAUGUCAAGCAUUUAAUUGGCUCUUUGCUCCCAGCUGACUCUGUCAAUUUUGGAACCAUUGUCAGAGAUGAUAUAAUUCACCCAUAUGAAACUGACAAGGCCACCUCUGAAACAUCUGUGAAGCCCGCUUCAUGUGAGAGUGGUCAAUCUUUCCUGUUCAGUAAAUUCAGCUCUAAAAAUAUCACCUGCUUUCCCCACAAAUCAUCUUCCUUUGCACCUUUUGUGGCUGUUUACAUAAAGGGAUCAUUGUGGUCCACGGAAGAUGCACUAGGAACCUCUGAUCCUGCAAGAGAAGGGUUGAUGAAGGUUCAGUCAUUUGGGGAAAGGAUUGUGCUUUUCAUUCUAAACGUCAUUAUUUUUGGAAGACUGGAGAGAAAUUUGGAUGAUGAUGACAUGUUUUUUCUACCUCACUCUGUGAAGGAACAAACUAAAAUCCUGUGGAGACGUGGAGCGGCUGUUGGGUUUUACACGACCAAGAUGAAAGGCAGCCUGUGUGGUGAUGGCACUGGUGCAUGCUACCUGCUGCCCGUCUUUGACACUGUGUUCAUCAGGAGGAAACACUGGCGCCAAGGCUUGGGAACAGCCAUGCUGUGGGACUUCUGUGAGACAUUCCCAGAGGACGAGGCCCUGGGGGUCAGCUGCCUGAUGUCUCCUGCCAUGUACCAAGCACACCCAGGAAAUUCCGAGGAGAACGUGAGCCGUCAUGCGAGGACUUCUCAGAAUGACAGACCCAGACAGUCUGCCCCUGGAGACAGCAGCAAGGAGAGGAUGCGUGGAGAAGAAUUGGAAGACACAAAGAAUGAUCCAGAGUGUGGAAUGGAAGAGGAGGAUGCCGGGCUGGCGGGGUAG